CCAUCAUCAGCCUGUCCUUAUUAAUUCAUUGAGGAGCUUGCCCAGCUUCAUUGUCCGUCACUGUUCAAUGAGCCUGCUGUGACAGUCGGUCUUUUUCUUUAUUUCUAACACCUUAUACCUGGUGUACUGUCCAUCCCUCACGACUGCCACCAUGACUGAACAAGACAACAAUGCAGAAUCAUAUGACGCAACAAAGCGGCAGCAAACCAGUUCCAGCUCGCAAGUCCUAAAUGAUAUUGUGUCAGGAUCUAAUUUUGAUCAUGAAGAAGUUGACAGGCUGUGGAAACGCUUCAUGAAGUUGGAUAGAGAUAAAUCUGGCACUAUCGAGCGUGAUGAAUUCCUUUCCCUCCCACAAGUCUCUUCGAACCCGCUUUCAACCCGAAUGAUAGCCAUCUUUGACGAAGACGGCGGUGGUGAUGUCGAUUUCCAAGAAUUUGUGUCCGGCCUAUCAGCGUUCAGCUCAAAGGGCAACAAAGAGGAGAAACUCCGUUUCGCAUUCAAAGUAUACGAUAUCGACCGCGACGGUUUUAUUUCCAACGGAGAAUUGUUCAUUGUAUUGAAGAUGAUGGUGGGAAGUAAUUUGAAGGAUAUGCAGCUACAGCAGAUUGUUGACAAGACGAUCAUGGAAGCUGAUUUGGACGGCGACGGGAGAAUAAGUUUCGAGGAAUUUACAAGGAUGGUGGAAAAUACAGAUGUUAGUAUGAGUAUGACAUUGGAUCAAUUCUAAGCACCUUUGGCGGAAAGUUCUCGGCAUAAGUCUGAUUGGCAUGGCUAUGUGCUCUUUCAUGCUUGAACAAAUGAUAUCCUUUGAUGAACCUUGCCCUAUGUUGUUUUUACGCCGUGCAAACUGAGGAUCGAAACCCAGCAUUAAGAGCACCGGGCGGUCCAGGAUACGACCCUUAAUGAACUGGAUUUAUUAGACGAACCUGAAUGUUAUCGCAUGUUUCUUGUGGAACUUGACGAAUUUUCUCAGCCACUUCCAACUUGCUCUUCAGCUCUAUCUAACAAAUAUUGAUAUGUUCUUGCCCGGAGUAACCUGCAAUCAAGUAACACAAGAUAGGCUGUCAGUUGCUUGGGAAUUGGCGUAUCGACUUGGAUUAGCUAUGUUUUCUUCUAUGGACUGACAAUAGCGUGAUCAUUGAAGUUGAAUAUGAGAACCCGGCAAUUUUACAUGCCCAACUAGGCUACUAACGAAGGUGUCCGGAAUGUUUGUUUGCUAGUCCGGUUCGCAAUCGACUCCUACCUGGCACCAACGAAGCCUUCUUUUGUAUGUCAUACCACAGCUCCGUACGGCGUACGGCUUAUCCAUAAAAUAAACCGACUUACAAUCC